GAUGGGAGGACUUUAACGGGAGCUCCUCAUUCAAAUUUUUACCUUGUGAGUUCUAGUAGUCACUAGUUUUUAUGACAGGACGGAUAGUAACGAGUUAAAACUAUACGUAUUAUCCUGUUAUCCAUGAGUUAAUUUUUCCCACGGCGGUUUCUAACAGGGACAAGUCUAAAGGUCUUAUUCAUUGCUUAGUGAGAGUUUUGGAUGAAGCUUUCUAGUUUAUUACCAUACAGCUAUUCAUUUCUUAUGAGACGAGCAAUAUAUCAGCCUUUUUCAGGGCUUAUAAACGUAAUUUUGACACGUCCUAUUUCUAACAUUGGAAAUGAUGGCAUCCUUGGGUCUUCUUCCUUUACACUGAAUUUUAUUAAUUCUGUUUAUGAUGAUCUCAACAAACAUAAACAGACCGGCUGUGUAGGUAUUGGCAGAAUUUCGGAAAAAUAUGGGAAUGCAGCAGAGCUUUCACAUAUAGAUAGCCCGGAGGAUGAUGAUGCCUUUCACAAGAAGCUUGACAAUGAAAUACACAAUCUCUUUUCGCGUAUUCCACUUCCUAGUGAUCCUAUGAAAGCUGCUCUGGCCCCUACUGAGGACGAACUUAAUGAAAAAGCUGAAGCAGAAUUAAUUAAGGAGGCUGUGCGCGAAGCCUAUCUCCACAAAAUGGCCGCAAAGAAGGCUGAAGAGUUGCGGCUUAAAUGGGCUGCAGAGCAGCUUGAUAAGAGCAAAUCUGCUGAGGAAUACUUCAGACACAGAACUGAGGAUGCUGAUCACACUUUGGAGCCGUCAACUACGCAUCCGCAAACUAUUGUCGAUGCGACAGACACAUAUAGCGAUGAUCGGGAAUUAGAAGAUGAGUUGACUAUUCAACGAAGUAUAAAUGAUAUGAAAGAAAGAAUCAAAGUAUUAGAGGGCCGCUUGAAUAAUAGAAAGAGGAGUUGACUCACGAAUCAAAUGCUGAUAAGUUUUUAUAUUCUCCAAAAAA